AUGGUGGGAAAGAAAUCGGGCAGAGCCCAAUUGAGGGAGGAGGGUUUGGAGCGGACGGACAACAACAUGGACCUCACGACGUGGCCCCAGGUCGGCAUGAUCAAUCAGAAGAACUAUUACACCGAGUUCCUGAAGCGCGACGAACAAUUCCUCGCCGUACGAUAUCCCAAGGACGAGGAGAGGGCGCGCAUAGUCCAGGAAGCCAGGGACAAGGAUCGCGCACGAGCUUUGGGAGUACCAGCAACGGAAGGCGCUGCGCCGCAGGUUGCGGACGAGACAAUGGAAGAUGCCGAGGUUUCGUUCGCCUCCAGAACAGACAUCUCGAAGCUCAUCGUGAUACACCCUGGCAGUCAGAACUUGAGGGUAGGCCUUGGAUCGGAUGCGUUGCCCAAGACUGUACCUAUGGUCAUCGCACGAAAAUGGAAAGAGAGCGAGGAUGAGGAAGACGAGGGCGAGCCCAGUCCCAAGCGAAUGAAGGUCGAAGGUGCAGUGCCCGCUGAUGCCCUGCCGGAAAAGUGGUUCGGAGAGGAUUUCGCCGACCAGUACAUGGCCAUGUCAUCCGAACUGAGGACACGAAUGCGGUCGAACAAACGACGAGUGCUGCCCAACUCAAAAGAUCUCGUAACCAACUACAACCGAAAAUCUCCGCCAGAUGUCAUCUCCGAACACAAUGACAUCAAUCGCAUCGAGUGGACAGAACUACCAGCAGACCCAAAGAAGGCACCAGACUUCUUCACCGGGCACGAGGCACUGCGGAUACCGGAGAGAUCCAACCCGCGAUACAAACUGUUCUGGCCAAUACGGAAUGGCACGUUCAAUGAGAAGGAUUAUCGAGACCGCAAUCAGAUCUAUCAUGAUAUCUCGAAGAUAUUAGAAGAGGCCUUCCGGAAUCAGCUCGGCAUCACCAGGUUAAAAGACCUUGUCAACUACAAAUGCGUCUUCAUCAUACCCGACCUCUACGAGCGACAGUACGUUACUAUGAUACUGGACAUUCUUAUGCGGGAUCUUGGCCUUGGGAAGGUCUGCCUGCAGCAAGAGUCCCUUUCGGCCACGUUCGGUGCUGGCUAUGGUGUUGCCUGCGUUGUCGAUAUUGGUGCUCAGAAGACGUCCAUCUGUUGUGUCGAUGAAGGGUUGUGCGCUGAAGAGUCGCGCGUCAACUUGAAGAUGGGUGGAGCUGACGUGACGGAGACAUUCAUCAAGAUGAUGUUAUAUGGCCACUUCCCAUAUUCGGACAUGAACCUAAAGCGGAGAUACGACUUCCUUCUCGCUGAAGAGCUAAAGCAGAAGUUUUGUUCCAUGGAUGAAGCCUCUGUCACUGUACAAACGUGGGACUUUCAUCUUCGAGCUUCGGGUCAGGAUACUCGGAAGUACACGUUCAAGACGUACGACGAGACUAUGCUAUCUGUCAUGGGUUUCUUCAAGCCUUCAAUAUUUGAGAACGCGAGGAAACUCGAGAACAGAAGGAAAGUCGUGCCGCGUUCGGUCGAUCUGUACGAUGGCUCACCCAACGAUCCCAUCUCACAAGCACAAAUCGCCAUCAUCGAAGCCGCGGCAGGGAAACCCGUUGUACCCAUCAUAAACGGUGCACAAGACCCUGUCAACAACACAGCACCCGUUUCUACACCCCAACGUCCGCAGCCAAAUCCCUUUAACCUCCUCGGUCGCCUCAACGACAACGAGGGCACACCUCGAUCAUCGGUAGCAGGCUCACCAGGUCCCGAGGGAAGCAACACCCCGAACCCCGAUCGCGACACCCCCAUGGGCGACACCGACGGCGCACCUCUUCUCUUCCGCGACCCAAUCCACGAGAAGACCAAGUUAGCCGAAGCCCGUGAUGCUAUCCUCCCCAUCCAUUCGCUUGACCAAGCCAUCCUCGAAUCUCUCGCGCAAGGUGCCCGUGGCGACGACCGCAAGCUCCGCGAUUUUUUCGGUGGUAUCAUGCUCGUCGGCGGCGCCUCCAAGACACCCGGCUUGAGAGAAUUUCUAGAGAUGCGACUCAGAGAACUGCGACCAGGGUACGGAAAAGAGAUUCUUGUUGGACCGCCGCCAAGAGACUUUGAUCCGCAGGUUGUGGCGUGGAAGGGCGGAAGUGUGUUUGGAAGGUUGAGUGGGCAUGGGAACGAUGGGUGGAUUAGUCGGUAUGAGUAUGAUAUGUUGGGUGCGAGGCUGUUGAACAAUAAGUGUAUGUUUGCUUGGUAG